AGCAUAGCUUUUGCUGGGGGAAUCCAGUCCCACAGCUUUACAGCCAGCCUUCACUGGGAAUUGAAGACCUUCUUUCCUCUUGGAAAUCUACAAAAGGACUCUGUUUGCCUGCAGAAUGAGCAAUCCAGUGAUCAUGAGUCAACCUCAGGUUGUGGUUGUCCAACAACAAAGCCCCCAAUGGCAGACCGACCUACUCGACUGCUUUAGCGACUGUGGUGUAUGCCUCUGCGGAACAUUUUUCCCAUUAUGUUUGGGCUGCCAAGUUGCUUCAGAUAUGGAUGAAUGUUGCCUGUGUGGUCUAACCAUGGCCAUGAGGUCUGUCUACCGGACAAAAUACGGGAUCCCCGGAUCUCUCUUGAGAGACUUCUGUGUUACCUGGUGGUGCCCGCACUGUUCGCUUUGCCAGCUGAAGAGAGACAUCAACAAAAGACGGGAUAUGGGGAUUUUCUAGAAAGUGCUAUCCAGGAAAACAAUAUCCCAAAGUCUCUUAUUACUUCUGCUUCGGUAUCAUCUGCUGUAACUAAUUUUCUGAGAGACAUCAUGUUAGUUUGUUCAAUAUAUAUAUAAAAAAACCAGGCAAGGAACAACCUUUGUGGCCUCAUUUGAAUGAACCAAGAUAGUUUUAUAUUGUUUAAAUGAAAAAACAUGUAAAUUGGUUAACCUGUGUUUAACAAUAAUAUGAAAGUAAGAAUGAGUUUGUUUACUACCUGUAGAAAAAUGAAGAAAAGUUAUGUGUUUUCAAUUUAAUUCUACUCUGAAAGUAAAAGCCAUAUUUCUUGGAAUGUUUUGUCUGUGCAGUUUCAUGCAAGUGAUCUUCCAAUCGGACAUUUCAGGGUGGGAUUUAAUAGUAACUAUCACAUAAUCAAGGCACCCAAUAAUAAGUGUCCAAGAACAAUAAAUACUCAUUUUAAUUCCAA